UCUUGUAGCCCCAUCUCUCUGCCUCAUCUCUAGUACAUAACGCACAGACCAUACUGGCACACACACCGCAGAUCGCGAACACAGACGUCCGGCGAUCCCACGAUCCGCAUUCCAGCCCCGCCCCUCACCGUUCCGCACUCCGCACUCCGCACCUCCACUCCCUCUCUUCACCAUGGCUCAGUCGUGGAUCGUUGCCCUCUCCCUCCUCGCUAUCACAGCCUUCAUCGUUGCCGUGAUGACGACAAUACGCUACUUUGUCAAGGCCCGCAGCCGCCGUCGCGCAGCCGCCGCUCCAGCGAUGCUCGCUCUCCCAUCAACCACAACGCUCGCUUCGCAAACAACACUCGUCCAGACGCACCCGACACCGUUGCCCCUCAAGUCUUCGCCAGUGUAGGGUUGAGGGAAGCGAACAAACGCUAGGAGAGGCCCAGCCGGUGGGCCGGUGGGCCGGCCGGUUGCCGACAAUAUGCGAAACCUGCAUCGCACGUAUCAUCUGCGACGCGCUGGUGAUGUCCCAUGCCACCUCGCGCCACAAUUCACGUAGCCCUUCCCGGAUGCAUCGCGCCCAGCGUGGAUAAAAGUCUGGGCAGGGCUGGAGAACACAGUGGCGCGUGGCGUCAGGUCCCCACUCUGUGCGAAUCCAGCCGGUAGGAUGCGCCUACGGAUUCCCUGCACCGGCGCGCGGCGACGCGCAGACGCGUUUUUGCGCUUCGGUCUUCCCAGAGAACCUCCUCACCAGCUUGCCAGCUCCCAUCCGUCAGGGCCGGGCCGGUCUUCAUCCGUUGAGCCGGCGUACGAAGCAGUUCUGCCGGGGUACGCCCGGCGAAUCGUGAGAACCACUGUUUGUG